CAACUAUCAGGGUAAAAGUGACAUACAUACAGUAGAAACACAUGAAAUGCGACAUUCAAAAGUGAAAAUAGAAAGUCAAACAACAACUGAAAAGUUCCGUGGGCCGGAAAUAAAAACUGUAACUACUUUUAAGUCGGACGUUGAUCACACUUCAUGUAGGACCCCAGGAAAUCCUUCAACAUCGAAGGAAACCAUAAAACCAAAUAACCAACAUACUAAAAAUCAUAUUGUUAUCCAUAAAUCAACUAAACGUCCAAUAACUUCUACUAAUUCUCAACUUUCUCGUGCUACUGAAGAAGUUGACCCAACUACUACCAACAUAAAAGCUACUCAGCCAUCAGCUAUUAUUCAAUCUCCAUUAGCCACUGCUACCCAGAUCGUUGAUAGUAAGUCAUCAACUAACGUUCAAUCUUCAUUAGCCACUCAGCCUGUUACUGCUACCCAGGUCGUCACUACUCAGUCAUCAUCCAACAUUCAAUCUUCAUUAGUCACUCAUCCUGUGAUUGCUUCAAAGUUUACCACGGCUUCCCAAAAAUACAGCCAUCAAUUUUCUACAAUCCCAGAUCGUAUUUAUAACAGAUCUAUGGAUGUUACUGCUGAAGUUACAAUCAAAACUCAGACUUACGUUAAAACCCAAGCUCCUCUUGCAAUUUCUGCUCAACUGUCCACAACAGCUUUCAAUAUUAUUGGAAAGAACAUCUCUGAAGGUUCUAAUUUCUUAGCAACCGAACCCCAAAUUAAAAACCAAGAUCCCAGAGUUGAUAAAAGUUCUUUAGGCGGUGAAAGUUUUCUUAGAUCUAAAAUGCCAGAUGAGUCUAACGUAUCUAUUGUUAACCAACAUUCUAUUGUUACUAAAUCAUCUGUGUUUUCCAAAAUUCCCGUUGUAACUCAAAAUCCUAUGGCUACACCAACUCAUAUUGCAACUCAUACUACUUCCGGUAUGAAAAUUCAACCUAAAGAUCAAGUUUGUAAGAGUAUUCAAGAUCUUAUUAUUACGCCACUUCCAGCUACAAACCAAGUUCCCACAACAUCUCAAGCUCCUAUUUUAACUCAGUUCUCUGUUGCUACUCAGAUUCCACUUACAGCUCAACCUUCUGUUCUAAACCCAGCUAAAGUUGUCACUCAAGCUCCCCUGAAUAAUCAAGCUCCCACAACUAUACAAAUUAGUGUUUUUACUCAAAGUCCAGUUACAACACAAGCUCUCAUGAACAAUCAAGUUCAAACUGCAACUCAAGCUUCUGUUCUAGAUCCAAUUAAAGCUGUCACUCUGCCUUCCCUGUCGAAUCAAGCUCCUACAGCAACGCAAAUUUCUGUUCUAACUAAACGCCUAGUUACAGCACAAGCUCCCAUAAACAAUCAAGUUCCUACUACAUCCCAAGAUUUUGCUGUUGAUCAAGUUCCUGUUACAGCCAACGCAAUUAUGACUACUGAAACUCCUACUAAAACUCAAGCUUUUGUCAUUACUCAAAUUAUAGCAACAGCCCAAGCUCUUGUAACUAAUCAAGCUCCUGCUUAUGUAUCUCAAUCCUCUGCUGUUUCUCAAAAUCAAGCUGCAUCUGAAGUAGACAAGACGGCAACUCCAGCUUCUAUAACUUCUCAAGGUCCAUUUGUAACUCAAGCUACCAUGGCUGAUACAGCACAUAUUGCAACUCAGACUUAUUCUAAAAUUCCAGCGAUAACUAUUAUGAGUACUCUAGCUUCUGUGGUUGCUAACAAUCCAGCUACAGCCCAAGUAUCUAUACCUCCUCAGAUUAUCGCAUCAUCAGAAACUUCUUUGGCUGCUAAAACUUCACACAAUUCGCAAAACAACGUUGUUUCACCAAUUCCUAAGAAUACUCAUUCUAAAGUAUCUCCCAGUGGUACAUAUCCCCACUCAAACGCUAGAUUUGUAAACACUGCGCCCCACAUCCGCUCGAGUCCCAAGCCAACUUUACGAGCUUACGACAGAAUUUUGAACAGAGCCGGAGACCUUCUAAGACCUAAAAUCACUCCAACAACCAGCACCACAAUGAUAUCAACUAUAAGUACAGAAAGGAUAUUAGCUACAGCUCAUGAAACUUCUGAAAUCAUAGAACAUCAAUAUUCGACUGCAUCCCCGAUGGCCUCACAACAUCAUACGCAAGUUCCUUCUGAUAGCCUUCAUUUUGUAUCAACCGAAACACUAUCACCUACGGAUGACCAUUCGAAAAUACCUACACAUACAACUGCCCCCGGUGAAUUCUCUGGUGGACAUCAUUAUUUGUCCACUGUGGCUGCUUCUCGUCUCAAAACUCGAACCUGGGGACCUGCUCUACCUAAAAUGGACAGGUCAAAAAAGAGAAAAGAAAAUGUGAUAGUUCUGAAGCCACCACCCGAAGAUUGGCCAGAGCCAAAAAUGCCAGAUGGUGCAAAGCCUUUCCCACCAGCCCCGAAAUUUGGAGCUACUGUCCCGGCCUUCGACGCUCACAUGAACCCAAGGAUCCACCGAAAGGGAAAAGCUUUCAGCGCAUCUUCUUACGCCUCCCCACCCUACAUGGGACACCGGAAAUUGGACUUUGCAGAAGGUGAACAAGUGAUAACUCCGGCCGCUUCUGCGAAGUGGAGAAUCAAGGGCAGGAGGGACAGACUAGGCUUGCGCUUCAGAGGGCAGAAAGGAGGAGGAUAUCUGAAUGAAAUUGGAAAAGAUCCAGGAUUCAGAAAGGAUGUGAGACCAACUUUAAGCCAAUUCUUCAUAUCAGACAACACCACAUUCCUUAUACCAACAGUUCGAAAUACGAGACCAUACCAACGAAGCUACGUUAACUUCAGAUUUAGGCCACCAGUGAAUGUGGGCAGGUCGCAUGGUCCACCUCCCUUCGCGCAGCCACCACCCCCUCACUUUGCUUCCCACUUUGGACAGCCCCAUUUCCCACAAUUUCCACAGCGGCCUUUCCCUCCCUUCCCACCUCCUCCACCAUAUGGCCCCCCACCUUAUCCUCCUCCACCUCCAUUCGGUCAGGGUCCCCCACCACCUCCACCUCCCCCACCAUUUGGCCAGGGCCUUUCUCCUCACUUCAGGAGGGGACCUCUACCUCCGAAGUUCGCUCCCGAGAUACCCUCUGCACCACCCCCGGAGAUGGUGAUGAUCCCUCAGGUGCCUCUACCUCGAGGGCCUCCUGAUCCCUUCCCCGCCGGACCACCACCACCCCCACCCUCUCCCUAUCCGACAGGUCCAAACCUACCACCGCCUCGCCCCUUCCUGGAUAACAUCCCGACCAUCAGCCCUAUUGAUGGAAUCCCAGCCCCCUGGCCACGCAGACUUGUACAAACUGACUUCCUCUCUCCUCUACCCAGAGUUCCUGAUAUGGCACAGGAACCUAGGAACUUCAGCGGAUAUAAGGGACCUAGACGGGGAAGAGCGUAUGAGCAGUACGGAAAAGCAGAUUUGAGACCAAGGCAAGUUAAGCUUUUCGAUGACGUUGCCUUCAGAGGGGCUCCUCGGAUGCCUGUUAGAAAGGGUUCAGGGUUUGGAGUAGAGUUCCAGGAUGAUAUAACGAGGCCUCCGUUUAUGUCUGGGUCGAUGUUUGCACGUAGAACUUGGGCAACUAGAUCAAACAGAUUUGGAUACGAACCUUACAGAAGAUCCAGCGACAGAAGAAGGCCCUACGGGUUUGGGAGAUAUGCGGCCGAGCGUCCACCUGUUCUUGGGGACUUUGGAGAAUUCAAGCCAUACAGAAGACUGAACGAUGGAAAUUACGUUCCUUUCAACUAUUCGAGACCCACCCGAUCCUAUACGUUUCCCCCACGGUUACGACUGGCUAUAAAGAACGCAACUUACUACAGAAAAUCAUUCAGACGUUCGAGUUACCCAGGCUACACACUCCCUACCCUGCCUAGCAUUGGGUUGGAAGCAUUCAUGGCCCAUAAGCAAGAUUACUACGGGAAUCCGAUCACACCCAAGGGAAGGAUAAUGAAUCUUCAGGACCUCAAGAAUCUGUUCACCGUCGCUCCGGAGGGUGAGGGAGUCGAGGCAGUAGAAGCAGUCACUGCUCCUAUAGUUGUUACUGAAGUACCUGAGGAGAAGAAGGGACUCGUGCCAAGAAUUACGCCUAAACCCAAGGGGAUGACGGCCAGAGAGGCUAUGAGGGCUGCAGCGAGGGAAGCUAUCAAGGAGACGGAGUUGGAGGCGUGGGAGGCGGGAGAGGGCCGGCGGAGACGUGGUGGCAGGAGGGUAGGAGGAGCGGGCCCCUUCGUCAGAAGAGGCGGGGCCCGUGGCACUGGGCAGAGGAACUUCCGGAGGAUGAAAAGGUCCGUGGAGGAGGAUGCUGCGUGGCUCGAGAAACAGAAGAUGUUGAGACAGGAGUUGUACGACAGUGGGGAUUAUUUAACAGGGCCUGGGGCACAAUCUACCUCAUCAUCGUCAGCGGGGCGGCCCCGUCGUGGCCCUCGCAGUAAGGCAGAGCCCCCGCUGAGGAUGAGACGGGUUCUACUGCGGCGGGGCAAGGGCAGGCCGCUACGUCAUAGCUAGCACCUACAUCCACAGGUAACAGUUGCUUAUGUGGCUGUGAAAAGAAACGAACCAAGAUGAGGAACAGAGAUGUCUGCUGAAGUCAAAUACUGUGAGCAGCCAAAACAUCAUGAUUUUGAAAAACUUGUCACUAACGUUCAUGGCAUGACAUUGAAAUUUCAUUUUAAAUCAGAAGAAAUGCCGUAAAUCAAGUAAAACUUGAAACGAUUUGAUCAAACUCAGUAAUUCAAUAGCUUACUGUGAAGGAUGUCAGCAUAUUUUUUUAUACUAUUUCAAUUGUUUUUGUAACAAACUGUACAUAAAAUUUUUAAGGUUGUA